CGUUCUUUUUGUUUGACCAAACGGGGCUUCCGUCAAUCUUGGGCGCCUUGCAGUUUAACAGAGUACCCUGCGUAAGCUACAUGUGCAUUUAGGCACGAUUUUAAAAAUAUCUGACAUAUUUUUUUGCAACGCUUAGCCGGUCAUGUCGUCGGAGGCCCUGAAGAAGCGAAAGACCAAGGUUGUCCGCAGCGAGGGAGGAACCCCGGAGACCAAGCGGGGUCGCGGAGACGCAGAUCAGCAGGAUGUGCGCGUGUACAGCGAGGAGGUGGAGCUGGACGGCAGGGACCCCGAGCAGGACUUCAUUCAGUACAAAGAGUCCUGUGAGAGUUUGGCUGGACUCAUGAGUGAGAUCCUGGAUCUGAAAGGCAAUGGAGCCAAAGACGGUUGUGCUGAGGUCGAGCAGAAACGCAUGCAGAGCUGCAUCCACUUCAUGAACCUGAAAAAACUCAAUCGUUUGGCUCAUAUGCGACUAAAGAGGGGCAGAGACCAGACACAUGAGGCAAAGCAGAGAGUGGAUGUGCUGCACCUUCAGUUACAAAACCUGCUGUAUGAAGUUAUGCAUCUUCAGAAAGAGAUCAGCAAAUGUCUGGAGUUCAAGUCCAAGCAUGAAGAAAUAGACUUGGUGCCCGAGGAGGAGUUCUAUCAGGAGGCCCCACAGGAGAUUUCCAGGCCUCAGCUCACAAAAAAUGAUCCUCACCAGCUCACACUGGCUCGACUGGACUGGGAGCUUGAACAGCGGAAGAGGUUGGCAGAGAAAUACAAGGAGUCACAAACAUCAAAGGAGAAGAUCCAGAAGAGCAUCGAGGUGAAGAAGGAACAUCUGACAAGCUUACAGCCAGGACUCAACGCCAUCAUGCAGGCCUCCAUACCAGUACAAGAGUACCUGUCCAUGCCUUUUGAACAGGCACAGAUUCAGACGGAGGUUGCUCGCCACCUGCCUCCACCUCUCUAUGUCCUGUUUGUCCAAGCCAAUGCCUACGGCCAGGCCUGUGACAAGAACCUGUGUGUCUCAAUAAGUGGUGAUGUGGAUGAGGCCAAGGCGCUGUCCAAACCCCCAGAAGACUCGCAGGAUGAUGAGAGUGACUCCGAUGCAGAGGAGGAACAGGAGAAAACAAAACGAAGAAGGCCAACUACAGGCGGCCAGCUGGAUGACAAAAGACGGGAGAUGCUGAAAAGGCACCCGCUGUCCCUUUGCUUGGACCUCAAGUGUAAAGAUGGCAGCAUCCUCCAUCUCUACUUCUACUACCUGUUGAAUCUGAAUAUUAUGACGGUCAAGACCAAAGUCUCCACCUCCACGGACAUAAACGCAGCCAUCAGUGCAGGAGACCUGCUGAAACCAGACACUCUACUCAGCUGUCUCUACACAAACGACCAGGGACGAGAAACCCCCAAUCCAGCUAAUCGCUACCAGUUUGACAAAGUCGGGAUUGUGUCCUUUGCUGAUUAUGUUGACGAUCUGGGCCAUCCCUACACGUGGGUUCAGAGUCUAGGAGGACUUCAUUUUCCCAAAGACCCUACAGAGGGCGUGCGCCUCGGCAGCUCUCUGAGUGCCAGCCACAUGGAGAGCACCAUGAAGCUGCUGAGGGGGCGACUCCUGUCCCGCUUGGCUUUGCACAAACAGUUUGCAUCGCUCGAGCACAGCAUCAUCCCGGUCUCCAGUGAGUGUCAGCACCUCUUUCCUGCCAAGAUCCUCACGCGCUUAGCUCGCUGGACGCAGUCCACUCAGCAGGAGUACAUGGACCUGCCAUACACGCGUCAUGUGACUGAGGCUGGGCUGGCAAAGGAGACGGACCUGUACUUCAUGGCUGUGGUGGAGAGGGGCACAGCUCGUCUCCAUGCCGCUGUGGUGCUGAAUCCCCGUUACCCAGAAAUCUCCCCUCUAUUCUCCCUGUCCCUCAACUGGAAGGGAGAGCGCAGUGGACGCACCGAUGACAACCUUCGAGCCGUGGAGAGCGAGGUCAACGUGUUCAAAAAUGAACUGCAGGGACCACGACCAGGACACCAGCUCCUGACCAAUCAGUUUGUACGCCUCUGUGUCUGCCUGGAUGUGUAUUUGGAGACUGAAGAACAGGACGACAGCGUGGAGGGACCUCGAGAGUUUCCCAGAGAAAAGAUGUGUCUGCGCACUGUCAGGGGUCCAAAUCGCCUGAAGCCGUUCAAGUACAACCACCCGCAGGGUUUCUUCAGUCACCGCUAGAAUUAUCCCGGUGAUUCUCACAACUGUAACUGUAACCUCAGGAGUAUCUUUGUGGCUCUUUCACCCACAAGGUAUUCUUUUUUUUUUUUUAAGUGUUUUUACUUGUUUUAAAAAUAAAGGAACACUGUGUUAUUUUCUUGGA